AUGCGCACACAGUUCCUCAAGUCCAUCACAAAAGGGCCUCGUUUGGAAUUUCCCAAUUUUGAUGGCAAUAACCCUGGGGGCUGGAUUCGCCAAAGUGAGAAGUUCUUUCAAAUGGCAGGCACACUAGCUGAAUACAAGGUGAACAUGGCUCGAAUGCACAUCAUUGGCAAGGCUGAUAUCUGGUUAAGACGAUCUGGCCUGCUAAAGAAAAAACCCAGCUGGGAACAAUUCUGCACUGAGCUACUUCACCGGUUUUCUACAUCAAGCUCUUAUGAUCUCACUGACAAAUUCAAUUCUCUGCAACAGAAUUCCUCUACGGUUGCUGAAUAUACAGAACAGUUUGAAGAACUGAUGGCAGAUGUCCAGCAAGAAAAUCCAUAUAUCUCUGAAAGCUGGUUUGUUAAAUGCUUUGUCAAUGGGUUGAGAUCACAGCUCAAAUACCAGAUCAGACCUCUCAGACCUGCCACACUAACUGAUGCUUAUUGGUUGGCCAUUGACAUAAAAAAAGGAGCCCCUCAAAAGAAACAAUUCCAACAGUUUUCUUCUUAUUCAAAACCAACCACUGGCUUUCCCAAACAAGCAGUAACUCCUAGUGAGAAACCUACUGAAUUCAAAGCACCAGUAGUGACCCAAAGAGCUAGAGAACAAGGAAAAUGCUGGAGAUGUGGAGAUCACUGGGUACAUGGCCACAAGUGUAAGCAACAACCAGUGUUAAAUGUUCUUACUGGAGAACAGCCACAGGAAAAUCCUACAGAACAGGAGGAAUUAGAAGAAAUGGAUCAGGAAGAACAACCACAAGGAGAAGAACAAUGCAUGAGAAUCUCCUUACAAGCAAUGCAGUAUGAUACUGUCAAUACCAUGUCCAUAAUGAUUUCUGUAGGGGGCAAAAUGGCGAGGGCACUGAUUGAUUCAGGAAGCAACUCCACAUUCAUGAAUUUACACUUUGCUCUUCAGACAUCCUGCAGAAUCUUGAAGGACUCGACUAGAGCAGUUACUGUAGCAGGAGGAGGAAACCUGUGGUCUGGAUCGUAUAUACCAACCACAACCUUCACUGUUGGUAACACUGAAUUUCAGCAACAAUUCAGAAUUCUGGAGUUACCUGGGCAUGAUGUAGUGCUGGGAUCUGACUGGAUGGCCCAGCACAGUCCUGUCUCCUUCUCUUAUGACCCUAGGCAACUUACUGUGCAACAUCAGGGUCAAACUCCUGUCACAAUUCCAGCUUGUGACACUCUCCAGGCUACUGAUGAGAUUGAUGCAUUAGAACUUAAUAGAAAGCUGCUUAGUGGUGCUCCUGCUUUUGCAAUUCAACUAGCAGAAGAUAUCACACUGCAGCCCAGCAAGCAGCAUGCUACACCACCUGAAAUUCAGGAAAUUCUGACAUACUGUCUAGAAGUGUUUCAAGAACCCACUGGUUUACCACCUGUAAGAGACUUGGAUCAUGAAAUUCCCCUCAAGCCCAACUCUACUCCACCAAAUUCAAGACCUUACAGACUGCCACACAUGCAGAGGAAUGAAAUGGAGAAACAAGUUCACCAGUUACUUCAGUCAAAGAUCAUUAGGGAAAGCCAAAGCCCUUACUCCUCUCCUGCUAUCCUAGUUAUGAAAAAGAUGGAUCAUGGAGACUUUGCAUUGAUUAUAAGAAACUCAAUGCAGCCACAAUCAAAAACAAGUUCCCUAUACCUGUGA